AUAAAAGAAAACCUUUUCAGUCAAGUGAUUUACACACACAGGGAGAAGAAGAAGAAGUUGAUGCCGUUGGGGGGGUGGAAGGUUCUACCGACCGGAACCGACUGAUCAUUUUAUCAUUUCAUUUCCUUCUCGGGAUUUUGUUCUGUCGCACCUCCACAGCCUUAAAUCGCGUGUUUGUGUGUGUGUGUGAGAGCGAGUGUGUGUGUGUGUGUGAGAGUGAGUGAGAGAGAGUGUGUGUGUGUGUGAGUGAAUGUGAGAGAGAGAGAGAGUGUGUGUGUGUGUGCGCGCGUGCGUGCGUGCGUGCAGUGCGUGUUUUUCUUUCUGUCUUUCUUUCCUUUUUGUGUGUGUGUGUGGCUGUUGUUGUUGCUGCUGCUGUUAAUUUCCGUUCCGUGUUUGGAUCAUGAAUAAACUGUACGUGGGGAACCUGAGUCCCUCGGUCACAGUGGACGACCUGAAGCGGCUGUUCGGCGAGCGCCAGCUGCCCGUCAGCGACCGGACCGUCUUACUGAAGUCCGGCUACGCUUUCGUUGAUUUUCCUGACCAGAAGUGGGCCAUAAAAGCCAUUGAAACGCUGUCAGGGAAAGCCGAGUUGCACGGAAAGGUGAUCGAGGUUGAUUAUUCCGUUCCCAAGAAAUUAAGGAGUCGCAAGAUUCAGAUCCGGAACAUUCCCCCUCACCUGCAGUGGGAGGUUUUAGACAGCUUGUUAUCACAGUACGGCUCAGUAGAAAACGUGGAGCAAGUGAAUGCUGACUCAGAAACAGCUGUGGUGAAUGUCACAUAUGCAUCAAAAGAGGAAGCUAAAGAGGCCAUAGAGAAGCUGACGGGCCACAGUCUGGAUAAUCACUCCUUCAGCGUGUCCUACAUUCUGGACGUGGAGGGCAGUGGGAACGAGAGUGAAGCGGGACCCCAGGCCCAACGUGGGGCGUCCCGAGGAGGCAGAGGGACGCGGGAGUCUGACUCCGCCCACUCCGGGGCCAUGGGGGGCCUGCAGGGAGCUCACCACUCACAUCACGAGCUCCCGCUGAGGCUGCUGGUCCCUACACAGUUUGUAGGAGCGAUCAUUGGCAAAGAAGGUCUGACCAUCAAGAACAUCACCAAGCAGAGCCAGUCCAAAGUGGACAUCCAUCGUAAGGAGAAUGCCGGGGCUGCGGAGAAACCCAUCACCAUCCACUCGUCCCCGGAGGGCUGCUCACACGCCUGCAGGAUGAUCCUGGAGGUCAUGGAGAAGGAAGCCACGGACACCAAGACUGCUGAGGAGGUCCCACUGAAGAUUCUGGCCCAUAACAGUCUUGUAGGACGGCUGAUUGGUAAAGAAGGCAGGAACCUGAAAAAGAUUGAGCAGGACACUGGGACCAAGAUCACCAUUUCACCCCUGCAGGAUCUGACCAUCUACAACCCAGAGCGUACCAUCACGGUGAGGGGAGGAGUGGAGGAGUGCUGUAAUGCAGAAGUGGAAAUCAUGAAGAAGCUGAGAGAGGCGUACGAGAACGACAUGGCCGCCCUAAACCUGCAGACGGCACUGAUCCCCGGCUUGAACCUGAACGCUUUAGGGAUUUUCUCUCCUACACUUCCUGUUCUGUCUUCAGCUACAGGGUCGCGUGGAGUUACAUCACUUCCUACCACAUACAGCCCCUUACUGGGUCAGGCAUCAGCGCUGGCUGGUUUGUACGGAUCUCCCCCCGCAUUACCCCACCAGCAAGCAGCUCCGGAGCAGGAAGUGGUGUAUCUUUUCAUCCCCACUCAAGCAGUUGGAGCUCUAAUAGGGAAGAAAGGACAGCACAUCAAGGAGCUGGCACGGUUCGCUGGAGCUUCCAUCAAAAUCGCUCCAUCAGACAGUCCUGAUGCCCCGGAGAGGAUGGUCAUCAUCACCGGUCCUCCUGAAGCCCAGUUUAAGGCUCAAGGUCGGAUAUUCAGAAAGCUGAAGGAGGAGAACUUUUUCACUGCGAAGGAGGAAGUGAAGCUGGAGACGCACAUCAAAGUCCCUGCGGCGGCCGCCGGGCGAGUUAUAGGCAAGGGCGGGAAAACGGUGAACGAACUGCAGAAUCUCACCAGUGCUGAGGUCAUCGUUCCACGGGACCAGACGCCUGACGAGAACGACGAGGUGUUCGUGAAAAUCAUCGGCCAUUUUUUUGCUAGUCAGACUGCACAGCGGAAGAUCAGGGAAAUCAUCCAACAAGUCAAACAGCAGCAGCAGAAAAACCAGCAGGGGGCAGCGACACCAUCGCAGCACACCAAGUGACCAGCAGGGGGCAGCCAGCAAACAGCAGCAGCAGCCAGCAGCAGCCUGUGAAUGUAGCUCCUCCGAGCGCAAACCAAAUCGAGCAAAAAGGCGCAAGAGAACGAAAAACAAACAAGUGGGAGGGGAAACACACACCGAAGGACAAGCAACAAGAUCGAAACCAAAGAACCUUAUAAGACCUGAGCGAGCCUCACUCCGAGAGCUUAAACCGAACAUCCAGACGAGCGCCGGGCAGGUGGCGGAUGUUUUCAGACUUCUGGACGCGAGGAGACGCUGUGUAACGGUACGCUGGGUUGGAUCUGUCCUCUGAGAAGCACACGUUAAAAAAUCCGGCUGCCUGUGAGACGAUCUUACCAGCAAACAUCCUGCUAGUCUCCCACGCAGGAGCCGAAGCGGCAGCCAUAAGCACAUUCAGGCUGGGUGCGAGCACACUGUGUAAAUGUAGCCUGACUAGCAUUUAACAACAUGGACUGUUGAGCGAGUGACACAUGACUACCUGAGGGAGCGCGGAGUAGAUGUGUAACGGUGUUUCGUCCAUUACAAGACCGUAAUGUGCUUUCUAUCCAGUCGUCUGUAGCCUUAGAUAGUUUUACUUAUAAAUAUAAACAAAAACCCCCCACAGGGCAGAACUCAUUUAGCGUAGCGGUUAGCAUGUCCCAAUAUCACACUCGGAAAUUUCCUUAGCGUAGAUGCACUUUUUUUUUUUUUCCUUUGUUAAUCAGGCCUUUAAUGUGAAGAAAGAGUCAGGCUUUAGUUUUAGUCGCUUUUAUAAAAAUCCUAAGAUUCUUAGUUUCAGUCGACUGACCCGUAGUUCCAUGCUGACCCGCUUCUCCCGGCUUGCGUUCCUUUUUACCCCCGCCCCCCCCCCCAUAUUUCUUUCACAUUUUUUUUUAAAUUUUCAAGCUCAUCUGACCAAGAUGGAAGUCUACUGAGCUCUCCUGGCCUGCGAAUUAUGAGGGAGGGGAAACAAAAAAAGAGUUUUAAUACGAUUUAUGAUUGUAAAAAAAUUUCCAAUCAGCCUGAUUUUUAUUGCGAAUGUUGUUUUUGGGGAAAAAAAAAAAGAAAGAAAGCCAGAACAGCCUCACUCACCCUGAACACAUGCUCUGUACUAGAUUCAACAAAAAGCACUUAAAAAAUAUUUUAGCGUGCAAAAACAAACGGGAAAAAAAAAAAAAAAAAAAAAGUGAACAGCAAAAGUCUGGUGAAGUGCAAGUGCAAUAAUCAGAGGCUGCCUACAAGCUGCAUUCGGGACAAUUAAUCACGUCCUGAACAGGCGGCCUGAUCACGAGUGAAUGUAUCCAGUGUUUUCUACCUGCCUUCUGCAGCACACUACGUCCUGACUGUCUGUCUGUCUGUCUGUCUGUCUAUAUGUCUGUCUUUUUUUUUUCUCUCUUUUUUUGUUGUAUUUUUCAUUUUUCUUCUUUAUUUUUGUUUGUUAUUUUUCUUUCUAAUUUUUUUAAAUAUUUUUUAUUUUUUCAUCUUCUACAUUUUCUUCUUUUAUUCUACUUCUUUCCUUUCUUUCUUAUACACCUUUUUUUAUUUAUUUUUAUUUUUUUUAAAUAUUUCUCUUCCCUUUUCCGUCAUCCCCCCCCCAUUUUUUCCUUCAUUUUUAAUUUUUUUUUCUUUGUUUGUUAAUUUGUUUGUCAUCUUCCUUUCUUUUUUCCAUUUUUCCCCCCUUAAUUUUAUUUAUUUAUUUUUUUGUCAUCUUUAAUUCCUUUUAAAAAUAAUAAUAAUAAUUGUUCAUUUGUUUUUCUUUUCUCUCUUUUUGUCUACGCAUUUCUAUCGUCCUUUCUAUAUAUAUAUAUAUAUAUAUAUAUAUAUAUAUAUUUUAUUUCUUUCUUCAUCCUUUUUUAUACUUUCCUUUUCCUUUUUCUUUUCUCUUUUAAAUCCUUCUCUCGUCUUUGUGUCCUGCGUUUCGUGGCCACGUGGAUUGUCUUUUGAGCGUUUUUUUUUUUUUUUUUUUUUUUUUUUUUGCGUUUCCUGGCUUGGAAAAAACAAACAAACAAGAUUUUUCUGCUUGUUCUUGUGUGUCCUGAACCUAAAGAAAGAAGUUGUUUUCUUAAAAAACUUAAAACCUUACAAUCAUACAAGGUGACCAUGGGAGGUUUAUGGCUUGUCUCUUAGUAUUUUUGUUUUUGUUUUUUUUUUGUCUUCGUUUUGUGAGAAAUGCUGCCCUUUAAAAAUUCACGAUGGUGACGGUUUCGGAAGCCAUCAAAGAUGCUGACUUUUCUGAAAGAAAAAGAAAAAGAAAAACAAUCCAUCACCUUGUUAUCUGAUAUUUCCAGCGCAGCGAUAAAGAGAAGGUGGUGUAAGGAGCAGUUAGUGUGAUCCAUCACUACACUGACGAGGUGCUGAUCAUCCUGUUAAACAUGAAGCAUAGCAGUUAUUUAUGGACGCGUAAAUAAAUACGUACAUAUAUAUAUAUAUAUAUAUAUAUAUAUAUAUAUAUAUAUAUAUAUAUAUAUAUAUAUAUAUAAAGAGCAUGCAGUGCUAAUACGAUCGUCCGCACAGGUCGAAAAGCUAACCUUCACCUAAAACCAGUACGAGAAAUAACCUUCUACCUCAAAGAACAAGGUACCUCAGUCCAAUUACUUUCUACAUAUUUUGUAUAAACCUUGUAAAGCUCACGAGUGAUUUUUUUUUUUUUUUUUUUUUUUUAAUUUUCUAAAUAAUAAGAAGAGCGAUUUUAAAAAAUAAAAUAAAAUAAAAACGAGAGAAUUAGUAAAGAUGGUGAAUAUCCACCACCAUCUCCUUGGGAAAGGGGCGUGUGCCUCGUAUCAGAAGCUGUACAUUGCUGUACUUUAUUGGACCUUAAGAGUUCCUUGUUGAGGUUGAUAGAAACUAACGCUAGCACAACUGACUACCUGGAGAGACGAGAUUAACACCGGUCUUGCAUUAGGUUUGUUUUAUUUGUUUUGUCCCCGAAGUAUUUUCUUUAACAUACAGAUUUAAUGUACAAAUAAAAGGUGAGGUCGUGGCAGAUGCGCGUCAUGCUGUAAGUGUCAGUAGUAAAGAAACGAUAUGUAGCUGAAAAAUUCAGAGACUGCUUGCUAGGUUUUUUCUCUCUCUUUUUUUUUUUUUGGCAGUGUAAUUUCCAUAGCGAAGUCGUGCCACUCUGAAAAAAGGGUGAAGUGUAUCAUUAACACAUUUGUUUUCCAAAUAGCCGCUAACACCAAAUCUGUGUGGUUUUAGGAAAUAUAUAUAUAUAUAUAUAUAUAUAUAUAUAUAUAUAUAUAUAUAUAUAUAUAUAUAUAUAUAUAUAUACAUAUAUAUAUAUUUUUAGUUACAAUGCUGUUACAUGCUGUUUGAUUUCCAUCGAUGCAGAGUCGAUCACUAUCUAACCUGGUCGUCGGUCGCUUUUAUUAUUAGUUUUUCUUUCCGUUUAGCUGAAGUGGGCGGCGCCGAAGCUGGUCCGAAACUCCUCCUCGUGCUUUCUGGUGUUGUUGUUUUAUGUCCAUGUUUCCCUGUAUCAGGUUCUGUUAUACCUGUACUGUGAACGGUUUGGCCUUUUAGACGUGUCAGACCCGUGAAAGCACUGGAUUUUAAACCAGUGUUUUAUUAAUACAAAAAAAAAAAAAAACCACACAAAAAAACCAUUUUUUCUUUUUUUCUUUUAGAGCACACAUAAGCUUCUACUAACUUUUCCAUUUAGGAUUUUAAAAACUUGUUUUUUUGCUUUUUUUUUUUAGCUAAACCACACAGACCACCAGCUUGGACAUGAGCAAUAAA